AUGCCCUCUUUCGUCACAUACCCAAAAAUCAACUACACUGUCAUCAAGAAACUCGGCGAAGGAUCGUAUGGAGACGUGUCACUUGUCACUCUAUCAGACAAUCAGAUGUAUGCAAUGAAACGUGUCAAACGAACUGAACGUGUGUGGUACAAGGACAUCAACAUGGAGUACACCAUCCAACGGUACCUUACGGAAGACGGUGGUCACCCCAAUCUGACGACAAUCCACAAACGGAGUGACCUCCGCGAUGGCGCCUUGUUUUUUAUGGAUUAUGUUGAAGGAGGAUGCUUAUUUGAUCGGAUUCCAGAAUACGGGUUCUCUCUUAGGACGUGUCAUCGACUCUUUCAACAGCUCAUUUCUGGAUUGAGCUAUAUGCAUGAGAACGGCGUGGUGCAUAUGGAUAUCAAACCGGAGAAUCUUCUGGUUUCUAGUGGUGGAACUCUAAAAAUCGCUGAUUUCGGCAGCGCCUCGUUUUUCCGUGAUGAAUGUGACGAUGAAGAGAUGGUGAAGGGACAUAAAGGCACACGUAGUUACGCGGCUCCAGAAGUGUUGACAGAGGAUCGAGUCGAGGGACCACCGGCGGAUAUCUGGUCGUCAGGCAUUGUCUUGUUCUUCAUGGCGACUGGAAAUCAACCAUGGACUGAGGCGAAUCGAUUGAAAGACAAAGAAUACGAAAAGUGGAUUCUUGCAAAAUGGAAGAAAUGCCAGAAUGGAGUUGAGUUGGAGCCUCGGAUUUACGAUCUCAUUCGUCGUAUUCUUCGGGCAGAUUUUACGGAGAGAGCUAAGCUGGAGGAUAUCAAAUCUCACGAAUGGUUCAUCACUUUCCCAGAAGAGGAUUCAGAUGACUCUGACGACGACGACACUGACACUGAAAGCGAUGCCACCGAAUGCUCCACCGUUGACGACGUCAAGGAGUCCGAGUCCUCCAGUCAGAAUUCCAAGGGAAAAAAGCGUGAGAACAAGGAUUAUGUUGAGGAAAAGGAGGAGGAUAGCAAUGUGAAGAAGAGAAAAGUCGAGGAGAGUGAUGAUUGA